GUUGUUCAAGUUGUUGUCGUACCGUUAACGACUCGUCCGCGGCCCGUACGCUAAACCCGUGUGAAAGGGAGGUGGUAGCGUUAUAAUUUUUUUUAUUAUUAAUCCUACUGUCAAUCGUCGAAAACACGGUUUAAUCGUACGUCGUGUCUAGUGCUCCGUUCUGAUUGUCGUCGCUGUCGAAACGGACAGUGAUUAAACAAACUAAUCCCACUCGUUUGAUAUUUUGUAUUAAAGAGGUACGUCUCGUAUAACAGCAGUCGAACGCGCACGAAAGACUUGCAGAUUUCCACCGGAUUGUAACGAUAAUAUUAUGUCGGAUUUCGUCCCGUCCGAGAGGCGCAACAGAAAUUAAUCAGUGGACAAACACAACUAUGAGUGAUGAGGGAAGAAGAUUUAGAAAUAGCGUUAAAGGUGGUGAUCGUGGGAAAUGGCGCAGUCGGAAAAUCGAGUAUGAUUCAGCGUUACUGCAGAGGAACAUUUACCCGGGACUAUAAAAAAACAAUUGGAGUAGACUUUUUGGAAAGACAAAUAGAAUGCAACGGGGAAGACGUGAGGUUAAUGUUAUGGGACACAGCAGGCCAAGAAGAAUUUGAUGCCAUUACCAAAGCAUAUUACAGAGGAGCUCAAGCUUGCGUGUUAGCAUUUUCCACAACUGACAGAGAUUCUUUUGAAGCAAUUCACUCGUGGAAAAUUAAGGUGGAAGAUGAAUGUGGAAAAAUACCUACAGUGAUUGUCCAAAAUAAGGUUGAUCUAAUUGAACGCAGCCAAGUUGAUCCACAAGAAGUUGACAUUCUCGCCCGGUCGUUAGGCUGCAAGCUAAUAUGCACAUCCGUAAAAGACGACGUCAAUGUCAACAAUGUAUUUAGGUAUUUGGCCACGCGGUGUUUAAUGGAAAUACAGAAAGAAGAACAGGAAUAUAUGUCAGGGAAUGGAAUACACCAAACAUAUACAAUAGGUUCAUUUGGUGCAGUUCCAUACCACAACAGAAAUUCUUCAACUACAAUAAAAUUGAGAUCUGGAAAAAUAAGACAAAAGAAAAAAAAUAUCUUUAAGAACUCUUGUGUCAUACCGUAAUAGUUUAAACAAUAACUUUUCCAAUAUAAAAAUGUUUGAUGUGUAAUUAAUAAAAUAUGAAAUAAAAUAACAAUAUUGAAAAACAA